GUUGUACUGUGGCAAAGGUAUUUGGAAGUAAUAGCAAGGCCAUGUCUGAACAGAAAAACAGAAAAGUAGAGACCAGUAAUGAUCCCAAUGUAUGGCUGAAGUGGUACCAUGAACUAAGUAUGAAAGUGAUCUGAGUGAAACCUCUAAGGAUGAAGAUGAAAGUGACAAAGAGGAAGAAAAUAUACUGACAGAGAGUGAGCAUAAUACAGAAUCG